ACGGCGAACCUGAGGCGGCUGGUGACUCGCGCGCCCUUUUCCUCCCGCCUGUCCCCGGGGUGGUGCUUGUUGGUGACGUCAGGGGUAUGAUGGCUGCCGGGAGGCCGGGAAGGUGAAGAAUUUGAGUCAGCGCAAUCAGCAGCCAACCUCAACGUGAGAUAGGACGGAGGAGAACUCAAAUUCUUUUCGUCUUUUUGACUCUAGCCGCGUCCAUGAUGCCUACCCUGUGAAGUUCUCUCACCAUCCAAAAAUUGUGCCAGCAGACGAUCUGUGGAUCCAUUUUAUUUUCCCUGCUAGGAGUUGCUGUGCAUGAAACUGGGGCCUUGACACGUGGCCUCCAAGCUAAGAAAAUCUCACAGAUGUGGCAUAUCCUGAGGAGGAAGCGCGAUGUCCCUGCUCUUCUCUCGAUGUAACUCCAUCAUCACAGUCAAGAAGGAUAAGAGACACAUGGCUGAAGUGAACGCUUCCCCGCUCAAGCACUUUGUCACUGCCAAGAAGAAGAUCAAUGGCAUUUUUGAGCAGCUGGGGGCCUACAUCCAGGAGAGCGCCACCUUCCUCGAAGACACCUAUAGGAAUGAGGAGCUGGACCCUGUGACGACAGAAGAGCAAGUUCUGGACGUCAAAGGUUACCUGUCCAAAGUGAGGGGCAUCAGCGAGGUGCUCGCCCGGCGGCACAUGAAAGUGGCUUUUUUUGGCCGGACGAGCAACGGGAAGAGCACCGUGAUCAAUGCCAUGCUCUGGGACAAAGUGCUGCCCUCUGGGAUCGGCCACACCACCAACUGCUUCCUGCGGGUGGAGGGCACAGACGGCCACGAGGCCUUCCUCCUCACGGAGGGCUCAGAGGAGAAGAGGAGCGUCAAGACUGUGAACCAGCUGGCCCACGCCCUUCACCAGGAUGAGCAGUUGCACGCCGGCAGCCUGGUGAGUGUGAUGUGGCCCAACUCCAAGUGCCCGCUUCUCAAGGAUGACCUGGUGCUGAUGGACAGCCCUGGCAUCGAUGUCACUACAGAGCUGGACAGCUGGAUUGACAAGUUUUGCCUGGACGCGGAUGUGUUUGUGCUGGUGGCCAACUCCGAGUCCACCCUGAUGCAGACGGAAAAGCAGUUCUUCCACAAGGUGAGCGAGCGCCUGUCCCGCCCAAACAUCUUCAUCCUGAACAACCGCUGGGACGCGUCCGCCUCGGAGCCCGAGUACAUGGAGGAGGUGCGGCGGCAGCACAUGGAGCGCUGUACCAGCUUCCUGGUGGACGAGCUGGGUGUGGUGGAUCGAGGCCAGGCCGGGGACCGCAUCUUCUUCGUGUCUGCCAAGGAGGCACUCAACGCCAGGAUCCAGAAGGCCCAGGGCAUGCCCGAAGGAGGGGGCGCUCUUGCAGAAGGCUUUCAAGUGAGGAUGUUUGAGUUUCAGAAUUUUGAAAGGAGAUUUGAGGAAUGCAUCUCCCAGUCUGCUGUGAAGACCAAAUUUGAGCAGCACACUGUCCGGGCCAAGCAGAUCGCAGAGGCAGUUCGCCUCAUCAUGGACUCUUUGCACAUCGCUGCACAGGAGCAGCGGGUUUACUGCCUCGAAACGCGGGAAGAGCGGCAGGAGCGGCUGCGGUUUAUCGACAAGCAGCUGGAGCUCUUGGCGCAGGACUACAAACUGCGCAUCAAGCAGAUUACGGAGGAAGUUGAAAGGCAGGUGUCCACCGCCAUGGCUGAGGAGAUCCGGCGCCUGUCUGUGCUGGUGGACGAGUACCAGAUGGACUUCCACCCUUCUCCCGUGGUCCUCAAGGUGUAUAAGAAUGAACUGCAUCGCCAUAUAGAGGAAGGCCUGGGCCGGAACAUGUCGGACCGCUGCUCCACGGCCAUCACCAGCUCCCUGCAGACCAUGCAACAGGAGAUGAUCGAUGGCUUGAAACCCCUCCUUCCCGCAUCUGUGCGGGGCCAGGUAGACAUGCUGGUUCCUCGGCAGUGCUUCUCCCUCAGCUACGACCUCAACUGUGACAAGCUGUGCGCUGACUUCCAGGAGGACAUCGAGUUUCACUUCUCCCUCGGGUGGACCAUGCUGGUGAAUCGGUUCCUGGGCCCCAAGAACAGCCGCCGGGCCUUGAUGGGCUACAACGACCAGGCGCAGCGGCCCAUGCCCCUGACCCCGGCCAACCCCAGCAUGCCCCCGCUGCCCCAGGGCUCCCUCACCCAAGAGGAGCUCAUGGUUUCCAUGGUCACCGGCCUAGCCUCCCUGACGUCCAGGACCUCCAUGGGCAUUCUCGUUGUUGGAGGAGUGGUGUGGAAGGCUGUGGGCUGGAGACUCAUCGCGCUCUCCCUUGGCCUCUAUGGCCUCCUCUAUGUCUACGAGCGUCUGACCUGGACCACCAAGGCCAAGGAGAGGGCCUUCAAGCGCCAGUUUGUAGAGUACGCCAGCGAGAAGCUGCAGCUCAUCAUCAGCUACACCGGCUCCAAUUGCAGCCACCAAGUCCAGCAGGAGCUGUCUGGGACCUUUGCUCACCUGUGCCAGCAAGUCGACGUGACCCGGGAGAACCUGGAGCAGGAGAUUGCCGCCAUGAACAGGAAAAUCGAGGUUCUCGAUUCACUUCAGAGCAAAGCCAAACUGCUCAGGAAUAAAGCUGGUUGGCUGGACAGCGAACUCAACAUGUUCACGCACCAGUACCUGCAGCCGAGCAGAUAGUGGGCUGCCUGAGCCGGAGCCUGAGUGGGGCCGGGCGGCGCCGCCAGCCCAGUGGGGCCUCCCUCCAGGGCCCGAGCAGCUCCUGUCCGUUCUGCCACCGCCACCGUGAGAACGAAGCCCCCACUGUCUCCCACCGUCCUCGCUAGUUACUGUCCCCCUCCUUUGCCUGCUGCUGCAGGAAGAUCUCCCACCUCCUACCCUCAGAGGAGCCUUCUUUUAAUGAUGACUCUGGAUAGCAUGGUACUGAGGAGUUGAGUCCCGUCUUUGCUCUGCUUCAUCAGGUUCCCUUGAUUGAGGUUUCAUCCGAUUGCUUGAUGAGGUCUUGGGAUCGCAGAAGGCCUGGUUGGGCCUUUAAGGGUAUCGGCAGACACCCCCGCUCCGGCCAACAUGCAGGCCAUGGGCUGCUGACCCGUGCACCCCGCUCACCCGCAGAGAGAGGCCACCUUAGGGGGCGCCGCAUCUUCUUCCCUGAUGGCACUGGGAAUGUGAAUUCAGGGAGGCGGGGGCCAUCCCCCGGGGGCCCGUGGCCUGUGUGUCAGUUUGGUCCUUUGGCUUUCACGCUUCAUCCUGUUUGCAGGGCCUUCCAGACCAGGUUCCAGUCCUGGUGGUGGGGUCGGAGGGCCUUGGGUUUCAGGCCCAAGUGGGCCUCGUGCCACAAGGGGCGGGGAGGGCGGGCAGAGGCAGCUGGAGUGCUGCAUAGCACAGCACAGGUGGCCCGUGGAGGGUGCACAUCGAAGCCCGUGCUGUCAGCGGGCGGCCAGGGCCAUGACGAGGCAGGACCUGCCUCCUUUCUCGUUGUGUCCCUGGCUCUGGUUUGGGUGCUUAGCCCGUUAGUCUGGUUUCUUAUGAGUGACUGAUGGUUUGGUCCAGAGCGUUAGAGGAUGUAGUGGAAGGAAAGGUGGUAGAAGGAGGGGACCUUGGCGGCAGGCCGGGGGGAGUGGGCCCCACCCAGGACGGCUGGAGAAUCUGGAGAAUCAGGGCCUUUUGCUUGACCUGAGGGGCCCUGUGAGGGGCUCAUGGCGUCUGAGAGCCCACCCUGCUAGCUUGAUGGCAUGCCAUGCCUGGUAUGUCCCCUAAGAGACGUCUUCCCACCCAUCACCCCACUGCCCUUAGCCCAAGCCGCCCUUGGCCACCAGUCUUCUGGACCAAGUCUCCCGUGUCAGUGAUACUGCACUUGGCCAAGAGACAUUUUGGGCAACCCAGCACCCAUCCUCCCACCCUCCCUGUCCCCAGGGCCUCCAGCUGACAGAUGGGGCCUCGCGUUGAGUUUGAGAAGUGUUUACUGUCUUUGAAUUUGGGGAUAGUUACUGGUCACAGUGGGGGUAGGUUCCCGGCUCCAAGGUGUCAGCUGUCUGGAGCCAGCAGCCUUGGGGUGACAGCCCUUGCAGCACAGGUCAGAGAACUUCCUAGAAACCAGCAGCACUUCUGUCCAAGAGCCAGGCAGGGCUUAGGCAGGAGGUGGGACUUGUCCUGCCCGUUUGAAUCCAGCCACCCAUCAACUUUGGGGAAAUGACUUGGCUUGGUGGCCUGUGCUCCCUGGUGGGUGGCCACGCAGGCGGUGUGCUCUCCAGGUACCCACUUGGCCCUCACACCCUCGGUCUACCCUGGCGUGUGGAACAAAGUCAUGGACUUCACCAAGGCCGCCUUGGGGCGGGAGGAUGCUCUGAGCUUUUUGCCAGGCCCGGAUGGUGGUUGGCUCCCAGCGUGUCUGGAGAAAUCACACAGUUCCAAUGAAUUUUGUGCUUUGGCCGGGGGUGGGGAUUAUUUAGAAUAAAUAACAAUGAAUUUUUCUUGAAUGUGGCCCCCAGGUAAUGAAUGGGAUUUUGAGCUUCUUAUACAAUAAGUAAAAUCAAAUUUAUACCACUUGAGGCCGAGAUUCUUUCUGAAAGAAGUGUGGCAAAAGCACUUUAAUUUAAUGCUGCUAACUUCGUUCUCUGUUUCAUUUGCUGGAGUGCGAGACAGUGAGUGUUUUCUCUGAUGUAUUUAAGGUGAUAUAUAUGCCUGAAUUACUCCUGUAUCAUUGCUGAUAAUACUGGACACUAAAAUAAAGCCUCGUUGGAAAGCGUU